AUGACUUCUAAUUUGUCUGCUUUAUUUAAUAAUGCAAAAAAAGUAACACUUGUAAGUGUUCCAAUAAAAGAAGAAUCGGAAAAUGAAACAGUUGAAGAAGAAAUAAUCAAACCAGAAAAAAAGAAAAUUAAACGAGAACAUGAAUAUGAAGAUCUAUCGAUAGUUAAUGCUCAAACAGUAUUUGUUGGUAAUGUACCAAUUGGAUGUACUCAAAAAGAACUUAAAAAAUUAUUUUCUCAAUUCGGUACAGUCAAAUCGGUUCGACUUCGAAAUCUCAUUCCAUUAAAUCCAAAACGAGGCAAACGUCUUGCAUUUAUUAAAAAAGAAUUUCAUCCUUUACAAAAAACAAUAAAUGCUUUUGUUCGAUUCACUGAUGAGACUGAAGCAAAAGACGCAAUUAGUUUGAAUGGUCAUCUCUAUAAAGAACAUCAUUUACGUGUUGAUGUGACGCAUGGACAACAUGAAGAUACUAAACAUGAUAAUAAACGAAGUAUUUUUAUUGGUAAUCUUCCUUUUGAUGCUAAUGAUGAUGAUGUUUGGAAAGUAUUUGAAGAAUGUGGUGAAAUCGAAAAUGUUCGUCUUGUACGUGAUAGUGCAACAAGUGUUGGUAAAGGAUUUGGCUAUGUUCUUUUUCGAGAUGAAGCAUCAGCUGGACUAGCAUUGAGACUGAAUGGUAAUUGUAAAGUUGGAAAUCGACAAAUACGUAUUAAAACAGCUGUAAAAAAACCUAAACCUAUAAAAUCGACUAUGUCUUCGACAAAACCUCGACGACAAAAUAAAAAAUUUAAAUCAAAAAAAUCUUUUCAUUCAGAUGUCAAUGAUGGUGUAAAACAAGGUCGAAUUGAAAAACGACCAGCAGUUCAACUAAGAAAAGAAAAACAAAAGCAGAAAAAGAAAAAUCUUUCUACAAAAACAAAUAAUACACGUAAAGAUGUUAUUCAUCUUAAGAAAAAAAAUUGA